AUGAAAUCUCUCUUCGCUUCGACUCUUUUCCGUAAGUUUUUCUUGUUUAUGUUUCAAUUUUAGAAAUGAAGAGGGAAGAUCUUGCUUUAGCUUAUAAGCCUGUCAUAAAACUGUUGCAAACAUAAAGGUCUUGCGCAGUGUAUAAAAUUUCCACCAUUCAUGCAAAAUAAAAUUUAAAUUUCAGUAUCUCUGUUCGUUGGUUUGAACGCCUUUGAUGUUGCCAUCCCAUAUGAUGACGCCCAGCAGAACCCUCAGUACUGUAUCAUCUUCCAAGGCAAUGCUACAGGAACCAUUGAAUACGAAACCUCUGAUGUAAGCGAAAAAACUUGAUUUACAGCUAAAUUUUGUCUGAUAGAUUGCAAAGUCCGAUUUUAGAACAAGACCGCUAACUUUGACUUCGAGGUCGAUGAGACCAGCGUGAAUGUGAGCGGAACUUGCAUUGAUGUCAAGAAGAAUGUGUCCAGUGAAGCUUUCAGCGUUGACUUUUUGAUCAAAGGAUCUUCUCCAACAGUCCGCCAAUGGAAAUUGACUGCUGAAUUUGCCCAUGAUGAAAAACAACAAAAGAACUUCGUUCUUUCGAACUUGGGGUUGUUCGUUUAUAUUCCGGACCAUCUCAACUCUACCGGUAUGUCACUAUUGAAUGUUGUUUCUUGAAUGGCGGCCUUUACCAGAAAAGACCUUGUAGACGGGUUUUUUGGGACAAUUAACAGGUUGUUGUUUUACAGACCAAACUGUCAAGUACGUCCUCGACAAGUCCGAUGAAGCUUGGGACGCCUCCGAUGAAAACGGAUUCACCUGCUCGGAGUCUCCAUUCUACCUCGUUCAGAAGUCCAACGGCCCCGCCCUGAAGGCCACCGUGAAGUUCGAGAAGGUCCGUGUUCUCGCGUUCGCCCGUGUCCCUCAGCCCAGCUUCCCUAAAGACCAGAUCUUCGAGCAGUGCAACUUGGACACCAAGACUUCCGACCUGGUCCCAAUCAUCGUCGGAGCUUGCCUCGCUGGGUUGGUCAUCGUCGUCCUGGUCGCCUACUUGAUCGGCCGUGCCCGUGCCCGUCGUCAGGGAUACGCCUCGGUCUAA